AUGGCAAGCCGGACCACGAAGCCUGAUGUCCUCGGUUCGGGAUCAGUGAAUUACGGUCAUAACAGCAUAAUGCGGGGUGGUGGGCUUGCAUCCAAGCCCGCUUCCAAUGGUGGGUCCACCAAUAAUUACUGGCGAGGGCUCAUGAUUGGCGGGGAUAUGGUAAGAAGGAGGAGUGGGGUUUGCAGUAAUAAUACUGAUCCUGAAGAAUUAAAGAGGAUGGGAAAUGACAACUAUAAGCAUGGACAUUUCGCGGAGGCUUUGACUUUUUACGACAAGGCGAUUUCUAUUUCGCCGGCUAACUGCUCCUAUCAUUUCAAUCGUGCGGCGGCAUUGAUGGGUUUGAGGCGGUUGGUUGAGGCGGUUAGAGAAUGUGAAGAGGCAAUAAGGCUCGAGCCAGGGUACAUAAAGGCGCACCACCGGUUGGGAUCUUUGUUUCUUAGGGCAGAAGCUCUCUUGAAGCUCCACCAACUCGAUGAUUCUUUCUCGGCCAUGUCAAAUAUCCCUAAAUCCAAGUCAUCCAACAGUCCUCAUCCUUCCCAGAAGGUUUUCGAGAUGACUUUUAAAGCAUAUAUAUUAUUCGUUAGAACCCAAGUCGAAUUGUCCAAGGGAAGGUGA